ACGCGCAAGAGCGCGUUCAGACGUACAUGUCUAACAAAGAUCUCAAAACAAAAUGGCGGCAUUUAUAAGUUUAUUAUUUUUAUUUGUGACUCUUUUACAUAACUCCCAGAGCCGAGGAUUGGCAGGAUCAUCUCACGACAAGGUGAUCGUAUGCUACGUAUCAAGAUGGUCAGUAUACAGGCCUGGUGCCGGAAGCUUCGAUAUCCAUGAUAUUGAGCCAUCCCUCUGCACCCACAUUAUCUACUGUUUUGUUGGGAUGGAUGAGAAUACUUUCAAAAUUAAAAAUAUUGACCCCUACCAAGACUUGGAAGAAAACGGAGGUAAGGGUGGUUUUAAGCGUUUCAUUGCACUGAAAGAAAAACACCCACACCUGAAACUUUCAGUGGGUAUCGGGGGAUGGAACGAGGGCUCUGCGAAAUACUCCAAAAUGGCCGCCGACCCAAAAUUAAGAACCAUAUUUAUAAGGAGCGUAAUGAACUACUUAGAGAAAUAUAAAUUCGAUGGCUUAGAUUUAAAUUGGGAUUACCCAACACAAAGAGGAGGAAAACCGGAAGAUAGGACAAACUUCGUUACUUUGAUUAGGGAAUUAUCAGAAGAAUUUGAAACAAAUGGAUACCUUCUCACAUCAGCACUCAGAACUGGCAAAGAUGACAUGGAUGUAGUGUAUGAUUUAGUCCACGUGAAUUACUAUUUAGACUUCAUGCAUAUCAUGACCUAUGACUACCAUGGAGCUUGGGAUGGGGUUGUCGGAGCUAAUGCACCAAUAUAUGGGCAACAUGAGAAUGAUAUAUACAGUAUCGAUUAUACCAUCAGCUAUCUUCUCUCCAAAGGUCUGACCCCCAGUAAAAUGGUUUUCGGUCUAGCAAUGUAUGGACGUACAUCCACAUUCAAUGUUCCUAAUCCUAAGAAAAUCGUUUUCGGUGAAACCACCACAGUAACCACUGGUUUUGCUGGACCGUUCAGUAAAGAAAACGGCUUUAUGGGAUACAAUGAGAUCUGCUUGGAAUUUACAAAUAAAUCAUCACCAUGGGUCCACGGUUGGGAUGAGAAAACAAGUACUCCAUAUAUUGCAGAUGAAACGCGUUUUAUAACAUACGACAAUCCUCGCUCCAUUGCAAACAAAGUCAAGUAUGCAAUGGAUCGUGGAAUAGGCGGUUUUUCAGCUUGGAGUAUAGUCACAGAUGACUUCAGAGGAUCGUGUGAUGAUGAACCGGACACCUAUAAAGAUUACAUCGAGAGAUUCAAUAAGAUUGCCGAUCAGCCUCUAUUGAAAGAUGCCUUGAUAAGUUUAAAAGAAGCUGGUGUCGAAACCGAAUUUUACGUUAUUUCCGAUAAAAAAGCAAAACUUCGCCUACCGAAGCCAAGAUUUGCAAACUACCCUCUUCUAAGAACUGUCAACGAGGCCAUAAAUUUGGCAACAGAAGAAAAAAAGGUUUUCGAUGAAAUGGAAAGAAUUAAGGACAUAAGAAGAAUUGACAUUGAAAAGGGCAAAUCGCCGUGUGUACGGACUUGCACUGAAGUCUGCUAUUACGGAAUAUCGACGGUGCUGCGAGAUGAGGAAACUCUUCCUAUUAAUACAAGAAAAAGCAAAAGUCAACAAGCAAAGGCGGGAUCUCUACCGCACUUCAAAAGUCCUAAAAAAUACUAGGAUUUGGGUGAUGUCAGAAUAUAGCUAUAUGGAUUUGAGUAUUGUACCUAAAUAUAUUCUUAUACUUUAAA